GUCCGAGCUUGACCGAGCGACGUUGGUGUGUUCGUUCAGAGUCGUCUGGGGUUGUCCCUCGAUCACUUUAUUUCUCUGAACCUUUUUUAAUCGGGACACCUCUGGUGGAACGUCAACAACGUCUUUCGUUGAAGUUUCUCGAUGAUCUCGAUGUUGAACGAGUGAUUGAAACUGAGACUUAAACGAACGGAGACUUGUUUCGAUAUAAAAUUAAAUUUCAAGAUCCAUGUCCUGAAGAUUCGAAUACGGUCUCGAGAACUUUCAGUUCGAGGGACGAAAAAGAUUGAAAACAGAGAAAACGUAGGAUUUGUUGUAUUACGACGUCGUCGAACCGUUGACAUCGAUAUCAACAACAAUAAAGAGGAAUUACUUCGAAGGGAAUUUAAUUUAGAUAGAUAUAAUUGGAGUGAUCGAUAAGAGGAUUCUAUUAAUCUCGAUCAUGAUCAAAGGAACCAUUCUCUUGCUUCUUUACGCAUGCUGCGAUAUAGCUUUGGCAGCACAAUGUGGGAAGGUAUGGUUGACGGUCUCUUCCUUAUGGAGACCAAUCGCUGCCAGUGAUAAAGUCGUCGAUGCCGAAUUAGAAGUUAAUUGGGAAUUGGACUGUCCUACGAGUACAGAAUACCCAGAUACCAUCAAGGUGUUCACUGCUGACCCAGUGCAUAACAAAACCAUCAGACCUAAAUUGAUCUUGUCCCCGUUGGAACAUCCAAGAGGAUAUUAUCGGACCAAUAUUACGGUAGGUCGACCUCCAUUACCAGGUGGAUGGGAUACUCGAGAUGGUGCUACACUUCCUGGUCCACAUUGCUUGAAAUAUCACGUUGCUCUUUACAAGGAUGGUAAUCUCUUCAUGAGCUCUUGUUUACGAAUUUGGCCAACUUGGAUGUAUGACUUGAGAAGACAACUUGGAAGAUUACCAAUCGGCAGCCUGAUGAUACCCGGGACACACAACUCAGGUUGUUACAAACACGGUGAUUUGACUAGAAGAGACGUUUUUCAACGUUAUUUGCUAACUCAGGAUCGCAACGUUUGGACACAAUUGGUACAUGGCAUACGUUAUCUCGAUAUCAGAGUCGGUUAUUAUCCUUCCAGACCAAACGCUACAGCACCCGGUGAGGAAAGUAACAGCAUCAACAGGUUUUGGGUGAAUCACGAUGUAAUAAGAAUCACACCGCUUUCGGCAAUCAUCAAGGACGUUCGUAACUUUCUAGACGUUGCCAGGGGAGAAGUUGUUAUCAUGGAUUUUCACAGAUUUCCUGUUGGUUUUGAGGGUAGACCGAGUAGACAUCGUAGAUUGGCAACGAUUUUACAUCGAGAAUUUGGUGACUUGAUUUUGAAACCUGAUAGAGGUGUCGUUGGUCUUGGACCAACUCUCAAUGAUAUUUGGACCGGUGGUGGACGAUUGAUCAUUUGCUAUGGUGACAAACAUACGGUGAAUGGUUACGAAUGGCUCUGGCCGUCUUUGUCUCAAGCCUGGGGUAAUCAGCAAACAGUGGAAGGUUUAUUUAAAUAUUUGGACGAUGUGAUAAUGGGUCCUAAAAGAUCUAGGAAUAGUCCAAAUCCAUUAUGGGCUGUCAUGGCAGAACUGACACCGUAUCCAUUGGAUAUUAUCUUCAAACCGUCCGGUGGAUUACGACAAAUGGCCGACGCAGUAAAUAGAAAUCUGACGGUGAGAUUUCAAGAGAAAUGGUGGAAGGAAACGAACAUCGUAGCUACCGAUUUCUUCCUUGGAAAUAAUCUAAUAGAUGUUUCUAUACAAUCGAACAUCAAGAAAAGUAAUAUCGCUCAGUGGCGUUUAUGAUAUGUUUUAAGGUAUACAUAUCAAGAAAUUUCAAACGUCCGUUAUAAUCUCGAAAUCACAGGAUUAUCUUCAUCGUAUUCUAUCGAAGAAAAAAAUCUCUUCGUUAGCAACAAUAUCGUUGAUAUCGAGAUAACGUUGUACAGUAAUAAGUUUUAAAUCAUUAAUCGCAACCUUUGUGAAAUAAUUUAUCCUUGGUUGAGAUUUAAUCGUGUGAUAAUCCUGAUCAUGUUCUGAUCGGAUUUUGUGUAUAUUGAAGAAAACGAAAACAAAAACAAA